UCUCUCUCUCUCUCUCUCUCUAUCUCUCAAUCAUAGCACUGAUCAAACUAUAUACUUCGUCCCUUCUGUCUCGCUUCUUUAACCAUUGAAGUCAUCCAUCCAUCUUUCAUCAUCUAUCAUCUACUCAUCUAUCAUCUACCAUCUAUCUCCUAUCAUACAUCACGCCCCUCUCAGCCUUGUCAGCUGCUGAUCGCCUAUCAACAAGUACAGCCAAUAUCAUUGCUAUUAAUAUUAGCUAAAUCGCUGUCUUGCUACGCCUGUUUACCCCUCUUGUCGUCUUGUUAGUCUAAUAACGAGUAAUAAGACGCGGCGCCAGGCUAGGCAAAACCCCAUAGCCUCGUCGAUCCUCCAAGAACCCAUUUUUUUUUUAAACGAAGCGACCAGACCCAGACCCUUGACACGGUGAACUAACUUACUCCCUGCCUGCCUACCCGCUUAGUUCAGACACAUUUAGCAGCUUAACUCCGACUUUGGGAGUCAUCGGCGGUUAUUAACCAUUGUUACUUAUAUAUUAUUAUUAUUAUCAUUAUUACAUUAUUUAAAGCGUGGAAAGUUUACGGAAACAUCCAAAGUUAUACCUAGUAACUUGUCUCCGGUCAACCAGUCACCAGUCACCAGUCACAGGUUCAUUCAUCCACCUGCCCGCCUGACAAAUCAAGCCGCCUCCCAGCAAACAGUACAUACAUACAUAGCAACCUCCAAUUCGCAGCGCUGGUUGGCUCUGGUUGGCUCUGUUGGUUCCCUUUUGGUCCCUUUGGCUUUGGUCCCUCACUGGUCAACUACAACUCACUGGUCAAGGUCAGGCCGCAAAACUCAGCCUUUUUCCGUCUGUCGCCUUCGCCCUUCACACGUAUUUCUUCUGCCUGGGGUGGACCCGGGAACGUCACUCACUCCUCCUCAUCCAUCACAUCCAUCACCUGUACCUUUCUUCCUUCUUCUCUUCAUCCAUCAUCGUUCUUCUUCUUCUUCUUCUUCUUUCUUGUGUCUUCUUCUUCUUCUUCUUCCUCCUCCUCCUCCUCUUCUUCUUCUUCAUCUUCAUCUUCUUCCUUUUAAUAUCACAAAUCAAACCACCCUUACGACACACGCCCUUCCUUUCUAUCUCCCUCACAUUUCAAUUCGGCCUAUUUCAUCAUCGCAAUUCGCCUAUCGCCAUCCGCAACUCAAUUCACACUCACCCACGCACACACAUACACACACAACCAUCUUGACACUUACAUUGCCAUGAAUCGUCUACCGCCCGUAUCUAGCCUAAUGUCGCCGCCAGAGGCAAAGCCUCUCGAUAGUUUCACUCGAUCUCUUUCGCCAUGCACCUCUAAACAGUCUUCGUUUGACGAGAAUAACACCCUUCCUCCCAUCUCUUCCCAUCGAAAACGCACCCAAUCCGAGAUGGAUCUACCCUCGCCACCCGUCACCCCGUACACAGGGAACAAGAAACAAAAGUCAAACGCCCACGAUCAGAUCGAGAAUGAUGCCUCUGUCGCUUCUUCGAAAGAUCCAGUCCUCUUCCCCAACAAUGAAACCGAUAUCCUGCCUGAUGAACCACUGUUUGGCCCGCAAUUGGCCCCCGUCGCUGAACGCCUCGUCGACAAACACAUGGAGAGCCAGAUGUUAAGAUUCCAAGACAAGAAGAACAAACCGACUCGCAGGGAAUACAUGUUCGCCUUGUCCUGCGUUCCCAUUGUCGGAAGGCAGUACAAUCGGAAUCCUGGUGCCUGGGCAAGGAAGGAAAGAGAAUUCUUGGACCGUCAACUUUCAGAGACUAAACGGGUUGGCCACGAGACCGCCAUGAAAUUGAAAAAGAUCGCUCCAGCGCCAGAAAAGCGGACCCCAACCGGUGGCGUACGGGCCCCACGACCGCGGCCAAGACGUACCCCCAAGUCCACUCCCAGACAACGAGUGUACGAUUCUUUCGAUGUCGCCACCUCUACACCAAAGCCUACUCGUGUUAUCGGAACCAAUCGCGAUGAUACAGACUACAGAUCUCUGCCUGACUACUGCCCUCCAGUCGAAACUCUUCGUGGAAACACAAAGGGCUUGAAGGCGGACUGGAAAGGCCAGAUGCUGGAUCUUAGUAAUGACCCAGACCGUCACCAACUUGACCCCGCAGAAGUGGGUCUGGCCGCCACCCUUCGCCUUUCCUGCGCUACCUAUCUAUGUAGCAAACGUCGCAUCUUUGAAGCACGCCUCAACGCCCUCCGCAUCGGUAAAGAAUUCCGCAAAACCGAUGCUCAGCAGGCUUGCAAAAUCGAUGUCAACAAAGCAAGCAAGUUGUGGACUGCCUACGAAAAGGUCGGCUGGUUCAAACCAGAGUACUUUCGACAGUAUCUGUGAUUCGCGCUACUUAAUUCCGUCUUUUCUACUUGAGUCGGUACCUAGGCCAGAGUGGGACAAUGAGAACUGAAAAUUGAAUUGAAUCGCUGAUUGAAUCUGUGAUAUCGCAUGGUUGUUAUUUUAUGAAACGGGAAUGGAACUCAUAUCUCCGCCAAGCCUGCUCCUUGCAUGAUGUGGGACUACUUUGACUACAUGUUUCCCCCCUCUCUUUUUUACGACUUGAAUGUUUUCCUAACGUUUUGUUUCGGAUCUCUUAUGCAUCAUGGGUUUUAAAGGUUCGAGUUUUCUGUUUUCAUUUCUCUAUUAUUGAUUUGGAUUUUCCCGUCCCUCUACUUAUCAAACACCCCCCGAACCGAGAUUAUCAUUUUGCUAUUGUUAUGCGGAGCAAGGUAUCAGCCGGCCUAUACUUUGUGUUUCAUGGUUCCACAUUGCAUUUGAUGAUAGUCUGGGGCAGGGCAAGUUACGACCUUAGCCCAUUUGUUUGGUUUAUUUGGCUUUUGCGUUCUUACGUUCUUACUUUGAUGAUUUGCCUUUUGUCAUCUUCGAUGGGGCGUAUUCUUUUGAUUCGCAUUUACGGGGAUUUUUUUUUUUUUUUUUGCGAAGGAAACGGAUGUGGGGGCGGGGAGGGAAAUGUUAGUUCGGACACGCGAGGGCUUUUCAUAUUUUGGCAUGUGCAUGUGCAUUGCAUGCACUUUACCAUACGGCAUUCCUUAACUUCUUUCUUUGUUCCCUUCGCUAGGUACAUUGGAGUGGCGUUCUUCAUCAUGUUGGGCAUUUUGUUUUGUCUUUCUGUCUGGGAUUUCUUUCUAUCUUUCCUGUCUAGGUUGGUUGGUUGGGAACCGGAUGAACAUUCAGAAUGAUUACAGGCCCUCGGCUUUUCAUUUUCAUUUUUUUUAUUAUUUUUUAUCAUGGCUUAGUGGCGACUGGCUUGGUUCAUAGCAUUUGAAAUACCCAAUACCCAAUAUGAAGUCUUUCCUUAACUAAUACCUUCUAUAUACAUAUCUUGCGUAGGUGCAACCCAGAAUAAUAAUCCCUCACACACCGCGUUGCAUUGGCUACUUCAGCCACCACCUACUCCAUGUCCAUGCUUCUUCAUAUCAGUAGUCUUCACCGGUCUUCUCUUUGACACACUUUAUGAGGCAGCCUA